AUGCUAAAUUAUCAUGAGGGACCCGGUCUCAAAUUGCAAAUAGCAAAUGUUGGUGAAAAGACGAAAUUGCCCCUCAGUCAAUCAGAUUCAUUAAUGAAGGCUGAGACAAACAAUGUGAUCGUGGAGAGCUUGGAGGAGAAGAUUGGUGGUGCACAUGGUAUGGAGGGAGUGAGCGGUGGAGUUGAUCAUGGAAUAAUACUGUUGCCACUGAUCUCUGUUAGGAAUAUCACGAAUGGGAGAGUGGGGGAGGGGAAAUGGAAGGAGGAUGACAAAAUGAACUGUUACAAUGGGUCAAGCUGUUGGAAGGAAUUGUUUUGUUUUUUCCAUGUUGGUGGGUAUUUUGAAAGAAACAGUGAAGGUGAAGUUAAAUAUGGUGGAGGGAGUGUGAGAGCAAGCAUCAUAAAAGAAGGGAUAACACUGGAGGAAUUAAGAGAAACAAUAUCACAUUUGGUACACAAUGAUGCUAAAGGGUGCGAAAUUAAGUACACGGUUAAGUUUGCUGAGGGCACACUGGUUGAUCUUUAUGAUGAAGGUGAUAUUUGCAAUAUGUUUAGAUAUAACGAUAGCAGUGCUCAUUUGUAUGUAGCAGCGAAAGGGAACCAGAAGGAAGGUGGAGCAGUGAAUGAUGGAGAAAUGGGUGAGAAUUUGUUUGGGCUGUCGGGAGAAAUGACUGAAGGUGUGGUGAACCUUGGUGAUAACUAUGAACCACUCAUUGUUGACUAUGGUGCUGAAUGCCUAACGUAUGAAGGAGGGGGUUUAAGUCAGACAAACUUCAGUGACGGUUCAGGGAGUGAAGGGACAUUGAGGGGUAAUUUGAAUUGCAUGAAAUGGGUUGGAGUUUUUGCAGGAGUGGGGCAAUAUAUUCCACAUGCCCAAGCUUUUAGGGAGGCUGUGUACAGGUUUAGUAUUGCACAGAAGUUUGCAACGACAUAUGUGAGAAACAGUAGGGAGAAGAUGAAUGUGAGGUGUAAAGUGGAAGGGUGUCCAUGGAAGAUUUGUGCAAAUGCUGUUGGGAGGGAUACUCUUUUAUUACGCGUGACCACAUUCGUUAAUGAACACAUUCAUUCAGCGCAAGAUAACCUAGAUGUCACUUUUGCUGGCAAUGCUGCGUUGACGUCAUCAAUAAUACUUGAGGAGAUAAGGAACCACACCGAAAAGCGUCCUACUGAAAUAAGGAAGACACUGGAAAGGGAAUAUGGUGUGAGGCUAACAUAUGCUCAAGCUUACAGAGCAAAGGAAAAGGCCAUGGAACACAUACAUGGGAAACCGGAAGAAUCCUAUAUGUUCAUACCAUGGAUAUGCCAAAGAUUAAAGGAAACUGAUGAUAAAACAGUUGCUGAAUGGGCUUCCAUUGCGUCGGGAUAUGAUGCAGAUAAUGACUUGUUGCCUUUUGCAAUAGCAGUGGUGAAAUCAGAGAACCUUGAUGACUGGACUUGGUUUCUGUUCAAAAUUAAAGAAAUUGUUGGUUCGGUGCAGGUGACAAUUGUGUCAGACCGACACAAUGCCAUAAUAGGAGCUGUCCAAGCAAUAUUUGGAGGUGAAAGACAUGCGUAUUGUUAUAGGCAUGUGAAGGAAAACUUCAGCGCUGAACAAGUGAAAGUAAACAGAGGUAAAAGGACAAGCCAAUGGUCAAAAGAAGAUGCAUUAAAGGUUCUUGAUAGAGUAGCUUAUGCAAGGGUUGAUAGUGACUUUGAUAAUGCAAUGGCAGAGCUGAGAACUAUGUCUCCUGAGUUACAUGAUUGGGUUAUCAAUCAAGGUGAUGUGAAUAGGUGGGCAAUGAGCAAGUUUCCAUUUAAAAGAUGGGACAAUAUAACAACCAAUAUAGCUGAGUCUUUCAAUUCUUGGAUGGUGAAGGAGAGAAAGCAUAAUGUGGCGCAAAUGAUCCAUGAGCAUCGGGAGAAAGUAGCAAGGAAGAUGCAUGCAUCAUAUAUGUGUAUGAGUAAGUGGAGGAAUUGUGUUGGGCCAAAAACCGAGGCAAAGGUUCUGGAGAAUGUGUAUUUCAGUAGGUAUAUGAGCUGUGACAAUUAUGGAGGCGGAAGACUGUGUGUACAUACAUCUCGUGGAGAUCAAAGAGUAGACCUUGGUCUACACCAAUGUAGUUGUCUUGGUUGGCAAAUGUCAGGAAUUCCAUGCUGCCAUGCUUGUGCAGCCAUUAAGACUGUGGGGGGAAAUGUAUAUGAAUAUGUUGAAGAUUGUUACAAAAUUUCAGCACAGGAGAAAAUAUAUGGCAGGAGCAUGGUUCCAGUGGUAACAAUCGAUAUGCCUAACCCAAAUGACUAUAGGUUUGAGAAUCUUGUUGAACAAACCUGCUUUUACCACCAAAUACAAGUAGGCCUCCUGGAAGACCAAGGACUAAACGGCAGGAAUCACAAUUCCAGAACAAAAAAGUCUACCAUUGCACCAGAUGCCACCAACCUGGACACACAAGGAGGAGUUGCAAAAAUCCCAACCCAUUUUGAAACUGCUUACUUGUUAUAUCAGCAAAUAGAGGUUGCUACUGCUUACUUGUUAUAUCAGCAAAUAGAGGUUGCUGUCAAACCACCUGUGCUUUGUGGUUAUUUGGCAUACUGA